AUGGCCGACCUGUGUCGCAAGAUCUUCUCCUGCUGCGGAAGCCGCUCCAAGGUCGACUACGAUAAUGUCCUGGCCGACUCGGAAAGGGAAGCAGUCGCCGACCUCCUCAACUACCUCGAGAAUAGAGGCGAGACCGACUUCUUCUCCGGCGAACCGCUCGCCGCGCUCUCCACCCUCGUCUACAGCCAAAACAUCGACCUGCAGCGAAGCGCCAGCUUGACCUUUGCCGAAAUCACAGAAAGAGAUGUCAGACCGGUAGACAGGGCGACCCUCGAGCCUAUCCUAUACCUCCUCGAAAGCCCAGACAUUGAGGUACAGCGCGCCGCCUCGGCUGCGUUGGGUAACCUUGCCGUAGAUGGCCAGAACAAAACUUUGAUUGUCUCCCUGGGCGGACUCACUCCCCUCAUCCGCCAAAUGAACAGCCCCAACGUCGAAGUCCAGUGCAACGCCGUCGGCUGCAUAACGAACCUGGCCACACAUGAAGAAAAUAAAGCAAGAAUAGCCCGAUCAGGCGCCCUGGCGCCACUGACUCGUCUGGCCAAGAGCAAAGAUAUGCGGGUACAGCGAAACGCUACAGGCGCGCUGUUGAAUAUGACACACUCGGACGACAACAGACAGCAACUUGUCUCCGCAGGCGCGAUCCCAGUGCUUGUGAGCUUGCUCAGCAGUCCAGACACAGACGUACAGUACUACUGUACCACUGCUCUCAGCAACAUCGCCGUGGACAGCACCAAUCGAAAGAGGCUAUCACAAACAGAGAACAAACUGGUGCAGAGCUUAGUCCACCUGAUGAAAGGCCAGGCACCAAAAGUGCAAUGCCAGGCCGCCUUGGCUCUCAGAAACCUUGCCAGCGACGAGAAGUAUCAACUGGAGAUCGUACGAGCCGGAGGCCUUCCACCAUUAUUGCAGUUGCUACAAAGCAGCUACCUGCCUUUAAUCCUUUCAGCAGUUGCAUGUAUUCGCAACAUCAGCAUACAUCCCAUGAACGAGUCACCAAUCAUCGAUGCUGGAUUCUUGAAACCGCUCGUCGAUCUCCUCGGCUCGACAGACAAUGAAGAAAUCCAAUGCCACGCAAUCUCAACGCUACGAAAUCUGGCGGCUUCGUCCGACAAGAACAAGCAACUGGUACUACAAGCAGGCGCAGUGCAAAAGUGCAAAGAGCUUGUUCUCGACGUACCGCUCAGUGUACAAUCGGAGAUGACGGCUGCGAUAGCUGUCUUGGCACUGUCCGACGAUUUGAAGCCACAACUAUUGGAUCUUGGUGUCUUUGACGUGCUCAUCCCAUUGACAGAGAGUGAAAGCAUAGAAGUCCAAGGGAACAGUGCUGCUGCUCUGGGCAACUUGAGCAGCAAAGUGGGCGACUACUCCCUCUUCUUGACCUCAUGGAACCAACCCUCAGGUGGCAUUCACGGCUACCUCAAUCGCUUCCUUGCAUCAGGAGACCCCACGUUCCAACAUAUCGCCAUUUGGACUCUUUUGCAGCUUCUGGAAUCCGGUGAUCAGAAACUCGUCGAAACCAUCAACAAGUCAGAAGACGUCAUGCGAAUGGUCCGCGAAAUCAGCGAAAAGACUGUAGAGUCGGAGGAUGAAGGUGACGAGAGCGAGGACGGAGAGGGCGAAGUCGUGGCUCUGGCUCGACGGUGUCUGGAAAUCAGCAAUGGCGACGCAUCUGGCAAGACCGAUAGCAUGCUCAGCCAGCCGUCGUCUUUAAAGGUCUGA